UCAUCAUCAUCAUCAUCAUCAUCUCCUCAUUCACCAACUUUAAACCAUCAUACUACCCGCUGCGCGGCACUUCACUUCAGCUUUACACCCACGCAAUAGAUCCCACUCACCAGCAAACAUGCGUACUCCCAGCUUUGCUCAACUCCUUAUCUCGGCGCUUGGUGCCUCGACACUCGCCCACAGCCUUGAGCUGUCAUCCACACGCAUCUUGACUGGUGCCAUCGUCUUGCUCGCCGGGCAUGCCCAGGCCGCACCGCAAUUCUUUGAUUGCUCCCUCGACUCAAACCAAAUUGGCUGCAAGCGCGACGUUGCCAAGCAGCCCGAGGUGGUUGCUCGUUCUCCCGAACCCGAGCCGCAAUUCUUCGAUUGCUCCCUCGACUCAAACCAAAUUGGCUGCAAACGCGACGUUGCCAAGCAGCCCGAGGUGGUUGCUCGUUCUCCCGAACCCGAGCCGCAAUUCUUCGAUUGCUCCCUCGAUUCGGAACAACUUGGCUGCCGCAAAAAGCGUGAUCUCGCCAGGCGUAAAGAGCUCGCCCCCCGCACGCCUGAGCCUCAGUUUUUCGAUUGCUCCCUCGAUUCAAACCAAAUUGGCUGCAAGCGUGACGUUGCCAAACAGCCCGAGGUGGUUACCCGCUCUCCCGAACCCGAGCCGCAAUUUUUCGAUUGCUCCCUCGAUUCAAACCAAAUUGGCUGCAAACGCGACGUUGCCAAACAGCCCAAGGUGGUUGCUCGUUCUCCCGCCCCGGAGCCUGAGCCGCAGUUCUUCGAUUGCUCCCUCGACUCAAACCAAAUUGGCUGCAAGCGCGACGUUGCCAAGCAGCCCGAGGUGGUUGCCCGCUCUCCCGCCCCGGAGCCCAAGCCUCAGUUCUUUGAUUGCUCCCUCGACUCGAACCAAAUUGGCUGCUAG